GGUUUGCUGGGGCUGGAGAAAGGAGAGAAGUAAAUAACAGUAGCGGAGGAAAGCUGUGAUGUAGGCAAUAACAAACACAGUAGCGGAGAAAAGCUGUGAUGUAGGCAAAAGUGGAGUCGGGCUAAUAAUAAACACGCUGUGGUAGAUAGGAGGGGACUGGGACAGAAGAGACGAUACAGUAAGCAAAAAAUAAACGGACGAGUGGAUAUUGAAUUCCUUCAAUGUUAUUUUUUAAAGGGAGAGGGAGUUGAGCACUAUGUCCUACUCCAGUAACCUGCUUUGGGACGUGAGGAAGCGCUCAAUAGGGCUGGAUAACCCUAAUGCCGUCAGGAUUAACUAUUUAGGAAGAAGUGAAUUUGUCCAAAGACUAAAACUUGAAACAACGCUGACUGUGCACGAUGGCUGUGUAAAUACAAUAUGCUGGAAUGAUACAGGAGAAUAUAUUUUAUCAGGAUCUGAUGAUACCAAUUUAGUAAUAACUAACCCCUACAACAGGAAGGUUAAGGCAACCAUCCGCUCCGGGCACAGGGCUAACAUUUUUAGUGCCAAGUUUUUGCCACACACCAAUGAUCAACAGAUUGUUUCCUGCUCCGGAGAAGGAAUCAUAUUUUAUACCAACACAGAGAAGAGCACGGAGAUCAACAGGCAGUGCCAGUUCACCUGCCACUAUGGGACAGCCUACGAGAUCAUGACCGUACCGAACGAUCCUUACACCUUUCUGUCCUGUGGGGAGGAUGGGACAGUGCGGUGGUUUGAUGUCAGAAUGAAAACCAGUUGCACAAAAGAAGAUUGUAAAGAUGAUAUUCUCAUUAACUGUCGCCGUGCUGCUACCUCGAUCUCUAUAUGUCCCUUGGUCCCCUAUUACCUGGCAGUCGGAUGCUCAGAUAGCUCUGUUAGAAUCUAUGACAGAAGAAUGUUGGGAACGAGAGCUACAGGCAACUACAUGGGCAGAGGCACCACAGGGAUGUGUGUGCGCUUUGUUCCCAAUCACCUCUCCAACAAGUCCUGCAGAGUCACAUCUUUGUGCUACAGCAAUGACGGGCAGGAGAUCCUCGUUAGUUACUCGUCAGAUUACAUAUACCUGUUUAACCCCCAAGAUGACCAGGCCAAGGAGUUGAAAGGCCCUUCAGACGAGAGGAGGGAAGAGCUGCGACAGCCUCCAGUGAAACGUCUCAGGCUUCGGGGGGACUGGUCAGACACUGGGCCGAGGGCACGACCGGAGAGCGAGAGAGAGAGAGACGGAGAACAGAGUCCCAAUGUUUCCCUAAUGCAGAGGAUGUCAGACAUGCUGUCACGAUGGUUUGAAGAAGCCAGUGAAGUCGCCCAGAGCAGCCGGGGCCGAACGCGAUCACGUGUCAGGGGUCCUGCAGCUCAACCAGAAGGCACAGUUUCCAACCCUGAGCCCGCUGCCCUGGAGCAGAGGUCUGGAGAGGGGUCAAUGGAGGUGGAAGCUGUGGCUGAGCCGCUUCCUCAACCUACCUCCUCUUCCUCCACAAUGACUGCUCUGGCCCCGUCCACCUCCUCAUUGACCGAGAGCCCCCCCACCACCUCCCUGCUCUCCUCCCCCGAUGGCGAUCAGAAGACGCAGGCCUCCACAGCUUCACCACACGAGCCCACUCAGCCAGAGACCCGGCUUCGGAGGUUGCCGGUAAGUCUAGUUUGUAGGCGUUUUCAGCGGCUGCUUCUGAUGGCUGAACGACAGGGGCAGGACGAGCAGCCUCCCUCCCACCCUGUCUCUGAGCCUCCCUCCCACCCUGUCCCUGAGCCUCCCACUACCGGGGGUGGUCAGGGCACCACCGCUGCAGAUUCUCCCUCCUCUGUGGUUAACAAACAGCUUGGAUCCAUGUCACUCGAUGAGCAACAGGGUAAUACACAGAGUGUUAGCCCUCUGAGCAGUGCUGGGGAACCUGUUUUGAGUUUGCACUACAGCACACAGGGAACGACUACAAGCACUAUUAAACUGGACUUCACCGACGAGUGGAUCACCAUGCUUUUCUCACUAUGGACCCAAAGGAGCAGUACAGCUUCCAGCUCGAGAGGUAGUGGAAGUCACAGCAAACCAUGCGAACAGGAGGGCUCCCAAAAAGCAAAAAGAAAAGAGGAACUACCAGUGGAAAGCAUGGAAACUACCUCUUGUGUGGUGGAGCAGCCUGGGCCCAGCAGUGCAGAACAGGAGUCUAGUGAAGAGAGUCCCAAGCAGGCAGCUGCCAUCGAUGAGGAUAGCCCAGCAGCAGAGGCUCCAGCAGGGAACUCUCAACAAGAGGAGAGCGCCCCCACUCUGCAGACUGAUGAACAACGAGGAAGUAGCUCUGACAAUCCCAGUGAGUCCUGUCGAAGAACAGAGCCAGUGGGCGAGAGCAGUCAUGAUGGGGCAGCGACGGCCUCCAGGAACUACCAGGAUUCGGAUGACAGCGACGACGACCCCAUUUUAAUACCUUCAUCAAGAUAUCGUGGAGGACAGGGGCAGAGAUUUAAUUUCAGAGGAACAGCGGUAGGUGAUAGAAUGAUAAGGCGGUCUGCUGCAGCCCGGAUCCAGGAGCUCUUCAGGAGGAGGAAGGAACGAAGAGAGCUGGAGGAGAGCGAGACGCAGAACAUACGGAAACCGCCCGUAAAGAUGGUGUACAAAGGCCAUCGCAACUCCAGAACAAUGAUAAAAGAAUCCAGUUUCUGGGGAAACAACUUUGUGAUGAGUGGCUCAGACUGCGGCCACAUCUUUAUCUGGGAUCGACACACGGCUGAGCACCUGAUGCUGCUGGAGGCUGACAACCACGUGGUGAACUGCCUGCAGCCUCACCCCUUCGAUCCCAUUCUUGCAUCUUCCGGCAUAGACUAUGAUAUAAAGAUCUGGUCACCACUAGAAGGGGCUACAGCGUUUAACAGAAAAUUGGCUGAAGAGGUUAUCGCUCGAAAUGAACUGAUGCUUGAAGAGACAAGGAACACCAUCACAGUCCCAGCGUCUUUUAUGCUGAGAAUGCUGGCUUCAUUAAAUCAUAUAAGAGCAGACCGUUUGGAAGAUGAUCGCUCUGAAGGUUCUGGCCAAGAGAAUGAGAACGAGGAUGAAGAGUAAGCCAUUGUUUUUCUACAAAGCACUUGAACAUUAAUGAAAUUUCUACAAGUAAAAUGUAGAAUAUUUUCCUUACACAGCAUUAGUGCAAUUUUUAGGGUUUUUUUGGAGCAUUACUUUACUUUAUUACCAACAUUUCCUUGUGGAACAACUGCUUUUAAAAAACAAAACAAAAAAAAGUGUGAGAAUGUAAACUGCAGCAAUAAACAAGGAAUUAAAGAAAAUGGAUGAUGGGUGCUUCAGGUUAUAAAGUGCAAUAUUAUUUUUCAAGUGCAAAGCUUGGAUCAGUGUAAAGAGUGAGUUUUCAUUAUUGUAGUUACGAGGUUUAAAAACUCAAACUGUGUAUACCUGCUGUAAUGCAUGUAAACAAAGAAAAAUGAUGCUUUUCAAGUAAACAGUUUUGUUGUUAAAA